AUAGAGGCGGCUGAGGACUUGGCCGGUGAACGCGGCUCCUGCUGCCCAUCCCGGAGAGCGGGGAAUGCACGUUCCCGGGACGGGGAUGCGCGUCCCCAGGAAUGGCGAGAGGUGGGAGCAGCCGCCGGCUGGCGGAGAUGGAGAGCCGCCGCUCCCUCCUUCCCCUGGCGCUGGUACUGGUGGCGUCUUCAGACGCGGCGAAAAUCCUCACCGUCGUCCUGGUCGGGGGCAGCCACUACCUGCUGCUGGAUGAAAUCUCUCAUGUGCUUCACCAGAGUGGCCAUGAUGUGCACAUGCUGGUGCAGCUCGGUAACCCUCGGAUUAAAGGCUUAAACUAUGCUGGGAGGAACAACAGUUACCGAAUUACAGCAUGGUCCGCAAGUGAGGAAUAUCUGUCCAGUUACAAUCAAUGGUUCAUGGAGCAGCAGAGAGAGUUCUUUCUGGACAGAGAAACUUUGGAUAUGUUCCUGGAUUUAAUGGGCCACUUUGCACUGCAGUGUGAGUGGAUCAUGGAUGACAUUAGUCUCAUGAACUCUUUAAGAGGUGAGCGGUUUGACGUCGCAGUGAUCGAUGCCUUCAACCCUUGCUCAUUCCUAGUGGCCGAGAAGCUCGGUUUACAGUUUGUGACUGUUCAUGGGGGAAACUUCUGGAACGUUCACCAGUGGGGGAUGCCAAUCCCACUGUCCUUUGUUCCUGUUCAUCGCUCGCUGCUCACUGAUCGCAUGGAUUUCUGGGAACGGCUGAAGAAUUACCUAAUGUUCCUGGGCUCUUUCGUAGUUGAAUGGAGGAUCCAAGCACGGUUUGAGAAAGCCAUAAGGGUACAUUUCCCUGGAUCCAAUGUCAGCCUCUCCGAUCUCUACCUGAAGACCCGGUUGGCAAUCUACAACACUGACUUCACCCUGGAGUUCUCAAGGCCGCUGCCUCCUAGUGUGGUUUGUGUUGGAGGGUUACUUGCAAAACCAACAAAACCUGUACCACAGGAACUGGAAGAUCUCCUGCAGGCUGCUGGAGAGAAUGGCUUUGUGGUGGUGACCUUUGGCUCCAUGCUGUCCUCCGUGAACCUCCCCAAGCUGCUGAAAGAAAUGAAUGCUGCCUUCGCCCAGCUCCCUCAGCUGAUAAUCUGGAGACACCUGCACAGUCAUUGGCCAAGUGAUGUCCAACCUGCCCCCAACGUCAAGCUGGUAGAUUGGCUCCCCCAGAAUGAUCUGCUCGGUCACCCAAAGGCUCGUCUCUUGGUCACACACGGGGGGUUGAACAGCCUGAUGGAGGCGGUGUACCACGGAGUGCCGGUGAUCGGGAUCCCACUGUUCGGAGAUCAGUUCGAUAACAUGGUGAGGGUGGAAGCCAAAGGCCUGGGGCUGUGUGUACAUGUUGCCCAACUACAGGCACAGCGCCUGAGUCACACAAUGGCCACUGUCAUCAGGGACAAAAGGUACAAAGCUUCAGCGCUGGCUCUGAGUCGCAUGCAUCGUUCGUACCCUUUCCCCCCACGCCAGCGCCUGGUGCGGUGGGUGGAGCACGUUGUUCUGUUUGGAGGAGGCGAUCACCUGAGACCUUACGGUCUGCAGCUGCCCUGGUAUCAGUACCACCUCCUCGACAUCAUCCUCUUCCUGCUGGGCAUUGCUUUCACGUUGAUGUACAUUGUGAUCAAGGUUCUGUGGAGAGUUCUGGGCUGCCUGGGGAGGGCAGGCAAAGUGAAAGCGGAUUAAAGUGACUGCUGCUGAACAUUCACCUUUAAACUCCUUUUAAAAGGACAUGCCUGGCUCUGCAGAGCAUUGGGAUUUGGUUGAAGCCGUGGAGUGAGUGUACUGGAUCUCAGAAUCAGAAUCAGGAUUAUUAUCACUGACCUAUAUGAUGUGAAGUUUGUUGUUUUGCGGCAGCAGUACAGUGCAAAGACAUAACGUUGCUGUAAAUUACAAAAAUAAAUGAAUAGUGCAAUUAAAAAGGAAUAA